UUUUCUUUUUUCUAAAAAAAAAAUAAAAAAUCUCUUUGACAUUUCUCUCUAUAAAUAAGAACAAGCACCCCUCACUUAAUUCAUCAACGACACAAUUAACAACAAACUUCAGUCCAUAUAAACUUACAAUGCUGAAGCCUCAGAUUCACAACCUGUCCUCAUCAAAAACCCUACUGCAAUGCCACAAGCCCUUCUUCUCCGGAAACUUAGGUGCUAAACCUGCGUUUCCGAACAUCAAAAGGGCUAGAUCAAGCAGUAGUGGAAACAAAAACAAGAACAUCAGUACUAGUGUUAGUCAUGCUGCAAGAAGCAGUAGUAGCAUAAAAUCUGUGGCUAAUUAUACCGAAACGACGACGGAAGUGUUGGCCACGGUGGUGGUGCAAUUCACAGUGAGUGGAUUCUUGUCAAAUUUGGGGUGGAAUCCGCUGGAUGAUAUAAGUGAUUUGUUUGGUAAAUCUAUUCAGUUGGAACUUGUGGCUGCUCAUCUUGAUCCAUCAACGGGAUUAGAGAAGAAGACGAUCAAGGGGUACGCACACAGGGCAGGAAAUGUGGACGCAGACGACGUGAAAUACGAAUGUAAAUUUAAGGUCCCGAACGAUUUCGGAGAGAUCGGAGGUGUGAAAGUAGAGAAUGAACAUCACAAUGAGAUGUUCUUCAAGACCAUUCAGCUCGACGGCUUCCCUAAUGGCAGCAUCCUUGUCAACUGUGAAUCCUGGGUUGAUUCCCACCGUGACAAUACGGAUAAUAGAUUUUUCUUCACUAACAAGUCCUAUCUGCCAUCGGAUACACCCGAGGGACUCAAAAAGUACAGAGAAAAUGAGCUGAUGAAAAAGAGAGGAGACGGCACUGGAGAAAGAAAAAGCAAGGACAGAAUUUACGAUUACGAUGUUUAUAAUGAUCUCGGUGAUCCCGACAAAGAUGCAAAACUCGCAAGGCCUAUUCUGGGCGGCAAGGAAUUCCCUUAUCCCAGGCGUUGCAGAACUGGCCGUCCCCGCUCUAAAAAAGAUCCGUUGUCCGAGAAAAGGGGGAGCAGUGUUUAUGUGCCCAGAGAUGAAGAAUUCGCAGAGGUCAAGUCCUUAUCAUUCUCAGCCAAGACGGUCUACUCGGUGAUUCAUGCUGUCAUACCUUCAAUCGAGAAUGUGUCCAUCGACGCGGAACUUGGAUUUCCCUAUUUCACCGCCAUUGAUACUCUCUUCAAUGAGGGCAUUGAUCUGCCUGAGGUUCCUAAAUCAACUCUGAUCAAUCUUCUGCCUCGUCUCCUCAAAACUGUUACUGAUCAAGGGAAAAAUCUCAUUCUUUUUGAGACUCCUGAAUUUCUUGACCGAGAUAAAUUUAAGUGGAUGAAGGAUGAGGAAUUUGGUCGUCAAACCCUUGCUGGCCUGAACCCUUGUUGCUUACAAUUGGUUAAAGAAUGGCCAUUGAAAAGUCAGCUCGACCCUAAGGAGUACGGGCCUCCUGAAUCAGCAAUCACCACAAAAACGGUGGAAGAAGUAAUCAGAGGAUUCAUGACAGUUGACGAGGCCAUAAAGAAGAAGAAACUUUUCAUUAUAGAUUACCAUGAUUUGCUACUACCAUAUGUGAAGAAAGUCAGAGAGAUAAAAGGGACGACUUUGUAUGGAUCAAGGGCCUUGUUUUUUCUAACUCCUAUUGGCACUUUGAAGCCAGUAGCCAUUGAGCUUGUCCGACCUCCAAUGGAUGGGAAACCCCAGUGGAAGGAAGCCUAUGCUCCCGGGAUUGAUGCUACAAGUGGUUGGCUUUGGAAGCUCGCUAAAGCUCAUUUCCUGGCGCAUGACUCUGGUUUUCACCAGCUUAUUAGUCAUUGGCUAAGAACUCAUUGUGCAACAGAGCCUUAUAUAAUUGCAACCAACAGACAACUCAGUGAGGCGCACCCAAUUUACAGACUAUUACAUCCUUAUUUCCGAUACACAAUGGAAAUCAACGCCUUGGCGCGACAAGCUCUCAUUAACGCGGAUGGAAUUAUUGAGUCAUCCUUUGCACCUAGAAAGUACUCUAUCGAAUUUAGCUCUGUUGCGUACGACAAGCUUUGGCGUUUUGAUCACCAGGCACUGCCAGAAGACCUCAUUAGCAGGGGAAUGGCAGAGAAAGAUCCAAGAGCUCCACAUGGUCUAAAGUUGACAAUAGAAGAUUACCCCUAUGCAAAUGAUGGUCUAAUCCUAUGGGACACCAUUAAACAAUGGGUUACAGAUUAUGUAAACCAUUACUAUCCUAAACCAGGCCAGAUUGAAUCUGAUGAAGAACUCCAAGCAUGGUGGGAAGAAAUCCGAACAGUUGGACAUGGUGACAAAAAAGAUGAACCCUGGUGGCCGAAUCUCAAAACCCCAAAAGAUUUAGUACAAAUCAUCACAACCAUUAUAUGGGUAACAUCUGGUCACCAUGCAGCUGUCAACUUUGGACAGUAUGACUUUGCAGCUUAUAUGCCUAAUAGACCAACAAUAGCUAGAGUCAAAAUGCCAUCCGAAGAUCCAACUGAUGAAGAAUGGAAAACAUUUGAAAGAAGGCCUGAAGAUGCACUUUUGUCAUGCUUUCCAACACAACUUCAAGCUUCCAAAAUUAUGGCCAUUCUGGAUGUUCUGUCAAAUCAUUCAAUUGACGAGGAGUACAUUGGUGAAGCGCCAGAGCCUUCAUGGGCAGAGGACCCUGCCAUCAAAUCAGCAUUUGAAGUGUUUGCUGGAAAGUUGAAGGAGCUUGAAGGAAUUGUUGAUGCCCGAAAUAAUGAUAAAAAGUUGAGGAACAGAACUGGAGCUGGUGUAGUGCCAUAUGAGCUUUUGAAACCUUAUUCAGAACCUGGAGUUACAGCAAAAGGAGUUCCUAAUAGUAUUUCUAUCUAAAACUUCGAGCAUGGAGUUGAAGUUGUGUGAUUGAGUAAGUCUUGUAAUUUUCCAUUGAGGUUGCUUGAAUUUUGCAAGUCCUUCGGGGGGUCGUUUGCCAAGUGAUAUUAGUUUGGAACUGUAAUCGGAUUAAGGUGGUAUGGGUUUAAGGUAUCAUAUAUCAUGUGUCUGGUCGAUCGCUGAAAUCAAUAUAUCUAAUUUUUUAAAAAUAAUUAUAUUAGUUAUUUAUAUUAAUUAAAAUAUUAAUAAAAAUUAUUAUUGUUAUAUA